CAUCGCCACUGGGGUGAAACCGAACACACGGGACGCGAUAGCGACGGCAGCGAUGCGAAACGCGCUUUUACGUCACUCGCAUCGCUUGUCUCCAAGAAAUUUGAUUGGCUAUUAAAUUGGAGGGAUUUUGACAUUUUCAAAGCAGUCUGUGUCAGAUAAUAAAGAUGAAGUGUCACAAGAUUUUACUGGAACUGACAGAAAUCUUGCUGUUAAGUCUCCUCUAUAAAAAAAAACAACCAAAAAAACCUUGGAUUCAUCCAAUAUUACGGACAAGGAAACAGCAUGGUGAAUAUCAUCAUUUGAUGGCGGACCUCAAGGCUGAUCCAGAUAAAUUCAGAGCCUACUUUCGCCUAAGCCCUGAACUUUUUGCCAAACUACUCACCAUGGUAACCCCAAAAAUAGAGAAGAUUCACACAAACAUGAGGGAACCCAUCAGUCCUGAAGAACGGCUUGCUAUCUGUCUGAGAUUCCUUGCAACAGGAGAUUCUUUUGCCACAAUUGGAUUCAACUACCGUCUGGGAAACUCAACAACUGGAAAAAUUGUGGAUGAAGUCUCACAAGCCAUUUGGGAUGUGCUACAACCUGAGUACAUGCCAGAGCCAACAACAGAUGACUGGAAGGCCAUUGCAGAGGGUUUUAAAACAAGAUGGAAUUUUCCAAACUGCAUUGGUGCGCUAGAUGGGAAACAUGUUGUGCUGCAAGCUCCUCCAUCCUCAGGCUCCAAAUAUUUCAACUACAAAGGCUCCCAUUCUAUUGUCCUCUUAGCUGUAGUUGAUGCUGACUACAUAUUUAGGGUCAUUGAUGUGGGAGGAUAUGGGAGGAACAGUGAUGGGGGCAUUCUGUCAGAGUCUCCUCUGGGGAAACGUUUGAGGGCAGGCACACUGGGCAUACCUGAAGACACCACACUACAAGGUGCAGAGGACCUAGGGCCAAUGCCACAUGUACUUGUGGCAGAUGAAGCUUUCCCCCUCCAACGGCACAUCAUGAGGCCAUAUCCAGGUAGACAGUUACAAAGAAAAGAGAGGUGCUUCAACUACCGCUUGUCUCGCGCCAGGAGAAUAGUUGAGAAUGCCUUUGGCAUCCUUUCUACCCAGUGGCGAAUGUAUCGCCGUGUUCUGGGUAUCUGCCCAAGAAAAGCUGAUUCUGUCGUAAAGGCAACGUGCAUUCUUCAGAAUUACAUGCGGCAAAAUGGAGAAAUGCAGAGAGAGAUUUCACAGUCGCCAACCACUGACAUCAUGAGAGAAGCCGGUUUGGAGGCCAUCACCCAGACUGGCUCAAACAACUCAAGCAAAGAGGCAGCUUCAAUCAGAAAAAAAUACUGUGAUUAUUUCAACUCACCAGCUGGUGAGGUGCCAUGGCAACAUGAAAUGGUAUAGUUGGGUUACAGGCACCUUUUUUUUUUCUGUUUCCUUGUACUGUAUGGUGUUGAGGACUUUUCACCAUUUUAAAUUGCUAUGUUGUACGUGAAUUCACUGAAAAUUAGUUCAGAAAAGUGACUCCACAUUAUUGGUUCAUAGUUGUCCUUGU